GAAACUGCGGGCAGUCGUAUCAACGCCGGCGCGUGCGCAACACGCGCUCGUUAUUCUAAAUUUAAAUAUUAAUGCGAUCGCGAACACGAAGUUUUGUCCACUCGUCUUUUCUGUUACAUCGUCUACUUCGAGUAUCGAGGACACUCCUCAUUUCCCAUUGUAACGAUUCUCUUUAAACUUGUGUGAAUAUGCUUUGUUGAAACAUAAAAGGAGUGUUAGUUCUACUUUCUCGAACUUGUUAAACAAAAGAGCUCUUGUGUUAGUAAAAAAUUGAAAUCUUGAUCGAUAUUUUAAUGUCGAACUUGCAGGAAUAGAAAAGAAUAUUCGAAAAAAACAGCGACAUUGUGAUGAAAGAUGAUUAAACACGAGCUUCUUUUACUGAUAUGUGCAUGCUGUUCGCUGGCUGCGCUAGACGGAUACAGCCCUCAACAAGAUCCAAAUCAGUUCCACAUACAAACAGACGAAGAUGACGAGCGUUACUUCCUCUACCAAACCCAUAAUGGACAAUACCGCAAAGAACGAAGAUUAAAGGAUGGUUCAGUUGUUGGUAGCACAGGAUGGGUUGGUGCAGAUGGAUACUUACGCCUGCAAGAUUACAUAGCCGAUAAUCAAGGUUACAGAAUAUACAGAUCAAAAACUGUUUUCGUUGGACAAGACCGACCUAUAAGUGAGUCGUUGGAUAUAGCUAAGACAGCACCCACAGACCCCGGGUACGGUGUAACGCCAGCGCCGGCAGUUCAACGGACAACUGCGGCGCCAAGAGUUACUUCUACAACACCAAGUCCUGCACAAUCGUCAUCUAAACCAACAAAUAACUUCCCUUCAGAUGUAUCCAUCACACCUGCACCGUACUACCCACAUCCGACAUCAACGCCGCGUGUUCACGUCUCCCCCAAUUCUAUUGACUCUUCAACUCCUUACGAGUUAAAUCCUACCGAAACUCCAGCCUCUGGCAACGAAGUCACAACGACCCCAAACCCUUACUACUACGAUUCUUCAAACACACUCGAUGACUAUUAUGCCAGUGAUAGUAGACAUAUUGAUGUAUUCAAUCCAAACUCUUACAGGCACGCUGACGACUGGGUGAGACGUCAACGUCCAAAUGUCCCUAUAGGUGAUGGCUAUACACCACAAUUCGCUAUGUAUAAUGGUAUUGGAUCAAAAAAUAAUGGUUUUAGAUAUUACCUUCCAAAACAAUACCAUGAGGAGGAAACGGAUGCGUCAGAUGAUAGAACGGGAAGCUUCGGAUAUGUAGACCCGUUCGGUAUAAGACGCGUUAUAUACUACAACACGGCGCCAGGAGAAGGUUUUCAUAUUCGAAAAAAUAAUAGAUACGUAGGGCAUGAUGCGACCCCGUACGACCCUCGACCAAUAAAUUGAUUUAAGUUAACAAAAAUAGGUGUGAGGAAAUGAAGUUACCUUAUUUAUUUAUUCAUCAGUAUUGUUACAUUUUACGAAGUACUUAUAGCUGCGGUCACAAAAAUGCCACUUAGUCAAACGAUUCGAAACUCUCUUAGCCAUUAUUUUGAUAUACAUUCUUAUGUGUUGUAAGUUAUACAAAAAUAUUUCCAUGUUAACUUAGACCAACUACUAACUUCAUGUUAUUUUUUCUAUACUUAUUAUACUAAAUAUACUGUAUACACAACACACUUUAUAAACUGCAGAUAAUAACGAACCAGUGUACUCUAAUGUUAGUUUAGCUAUUAGUUUUAGUGCCAUUAAACUCACAUAAUAUUCUUUGCAUAUAGAGAUGAGUUUUUAACAGAUAAAUAAAUCAAAAACACGUGACCCCUAUUAAAUGUAAGAAUUUUAAAAUCAAUGGUUUACUUUUAAUACUAAAAAGUAAAACUUGUAUGUAAUUUUUAUUCCUGUUGUAACAAACUGUUAAAAUCUCACCGAUAUACAUACAUAAACAUAUACCGUGAAUAAAUAGGUAAGCUUUAAAAAAAAAUAUGACAGAAUAUCCACAAUGAAAAUUAUAUUGCUCUAAAAUGUUGUAACCACAUUUUUCUGCCUUUUUGUGGAUAUGAGGCUUUAAAGUUUACCGUUAAGUUAUUCAUAAUUGGUUAUAAAGAUAAAUAAGGGGAAUUUUAUUAUCAGUAUGUCUAAAAAGCGGAAAGGCUGUUGAACUGUACUAUUUAUAUCAAUAUGGUAAACUAAUGUAUGCGGGCGUUUAUGGGUACAUGACUCGUCAAAUGACCUUUUAGAGGUGCAUGCGUAGGUAAGUUAAUUGUAUCAAUGUACAAGAUCAAGAUUAAGGAACCAAUGACGUUAGAGUUGAUAGAUUUUAGGUCUGUUUGUAAUAUUUUUUGUACAAACAAAAACAUCAUCAAACAUCUAAUUUAUAAACGACAUACAUACUUACCUACACACACCUACCUAAUAAACAAUAUAUAAGUAAUUUAAUAAGCAGGGUGAAAGUUAUCAAAAUGUCAUUACGAAUAACUUGCCAUUGUAGAAACUAAUUGAUCAUAAAUCAUAAAUGUUAAAGCAAUGGCCACUUGUUGCAAUGACUGUCUCCUGGGUCUCUUAACGUUAAUUUUAAGUUUCUGUUGCAACCACUGAAUAUUAUACAAGCACAUCUACUGACAUCAUUAUCUUUGUAAGUGUUUUGUAAUAGCUAUGAAUACUUUUAUUGUAUUUAUAUUGCACUAAUUUUAUUGUUACUACUUGUAGUGUACAUAAAUAAUAAUUCGUUAACAUUUUUUUGUUUCAUUCAACGUUAAAGUAAUCUAUACUGAUAUAUUUUUUACAUUGUCUCUGUUUUCGAGAAAUGAUUAUAAAUGAUGGUUACUUAAUAUCGCAUUAAAGUAAUCACCUAUUAUUAUAUUGUAUGACAUUCCUUAACAUGUUUAUUGCUUAAUUAAUCCAUUUAAAAGCUGUUAUAUAAAUAUUACUCAUUUUGUAAAAUGAAUCAGUUGUAACGGAGAGACAAAAAGAAAAUGUUACUGAUAGCUCUCUGUCUUUUUACAACAUCCACCUUAAGUGGUAGAUAUGGAGGCGUCUCCGGACAAACUUAUGGAGCUGCAUCGCUCACACCUAUCGACUUCAACGAUGACUUCAAUAAUAGAAACCUGAUGAUCAAACCAAACGAAAACAUUGUCUUCAGUUUUGAGCAGAUAAGAAAAGAUCAACCUCCACAAGUAGAACAACGAAACGAAAACAUCGGCAGA